UGAGCCCACGUUUCGCGUCUCCUUCAUCGCCUCUCCUGGUCCUGCCCUCGCCUCCAUCUACGGAUCUACCGCCGGCUCAGUCCGCCGCCCGCCCGCCUCCCUCCGUCGUGCCGUCGCGGCGCCUCUUCUCCGCCGUCCCGAGCAGGUUCGACGUCGACCUCCUCCAUCCCCACCGGUUCGCUGCUCCGCCCCCGACCAGCUGCUGCCCGAACGCUUCCUCCCCGACCGGCUCGCUCCGACCAGCUACCCCAGCGCCGAGCUCUUCCUCCCCGACCAGCUCGCCCCGGUCGAUCUGCGCUCAAUUCUCCGCCGACAAACGUCCUCCCUCCCCGACCAGCUCUCUGGACCCGUACCAGGACAGAGCGAGCCCAAGGCGGCAAGGAGGCACGCACGACAAGGAGCAGGUUCUUUUAUUUCGCCCUCCAAGGUCGACCGGAGUGGGGGCAAAUGGCGCAGAUCCCCAACCUCGACAACUCCCCGCUCAAUCUCGCUGCCCUAAGGGAGCAAUCGCAGAAGGACCUUCUCAACAUCGUCAAGAGUAUCAGGGGGAAGAAGUGUCUGGUCAUUGAUCCCAAGCUUGCGGGCACCCUGUCGCUGAUCCUGCAGACCUCGGUGCUGAAGGAAUAUGGCGUGGAGCUGCGUAUUCUCUCUGCUGACCCUCUGCUCACUGAAUGCCCCAAAAUCAUAUACCUCGUCCGCUCCCAGCCGAACUUCAUGAAAUUUGUUGCGAGUCAAAUUAAGAGCGAUGAAUCCAAAGGGCUUCAGAGGGAAUACUUCCUCUACUUUGUGCCGCGGCGUACGGUUUGCUGUGAGAAGAUCCUGGAGGAAGAGAAAGUUCAUCAGAAGUUGACGCUUGGAGAAUAUCCCUUGUAUCUAGUUCCUUUGGAUGAGGAUGUUCUUUCGUUUGAUCUUGAAUAUUGUUUGCAGGAGUGCCUUGUUGAAGGGGAUACAAGCUCUAUCUGGCACAUUGCAAAAGCUAUUCACAAGUUAGAGUUUGCCUUUGGAGUUAUCCCCAAUGUCAGGGCCAAGGGUGUAGCAUCAACCAAAGCUGCAGAGUUGCUGAAUCAUAUGCAACUGGAAGAUCCUGUCAGCAUGGAUGAUAUGGGUAUCCCAGAAAUAGACACCCUUAUUUUGCUAGAUAGAGAGGUGGAUAUGGUGACACCAAUGUGCUCUCAGUUGACAUAUGAAGGUUUAGUAGAUGAGAUGUUGCAGAUUCAUAAUGGAUCUGUGGAAGUUGAUGCCAGCAUUAUGGGGGGCCAACAAGAUGGAAAAAAGGUCAAGGUUCCACUUAACUCGAGUGAUAAGCUGUACAAGGAAAUUCGAGACCUCAACUUUGAUGUUGUAGGUAAGGUCUUGCGCCAAAAGGCAACAUCUAUCCAGCAAGAUUAUGCAGAAGUAAAAUCCACCAACACACAGUCGGUUUCCGAGCUGAAGGAUUUUGUGAAGAGGUUACACUCGCUACCAGAGAUUGCUAGGCAUAUUAAUUUGGCACAACAUUUACAAUCAUUUGUGGCAAAACCCUCAUUUCAUGCCCGGGUAGAAAUUGAACAGCUAAUAUUGGAUGUGCAGAACUACGAAACUUGUUUUGAGUACAUUGAGGAGAUUAUACAGAAGCAAGAACCUAUUGAAACUGUGCUUCGACUACUAGUGUUAUUCUCGCUUACAAAUGCUGGGCUGCAGAAGAAGAGUUUUGAUUACUUGAGGCGGGAAAUACUGCAUAGUUAUGGCUUUGAGUACAUGCCCUUGUUACAUAAUCUUGAAAAGGCUGGCCUUGUUAAGAAGCAGGAAGCAAGGAGUAAUUGGGUUGGCAUUACCAGAGCUUUGCAGCUUAUUGUUGACGUAAACGAUAUGGAAAACCCUAGUGACAUAUCAUACAUCUUUGCUGGAUACGCACCUCUUAGUAUCCGCCUUGUUCAGCAUGCAGUGAGAUCUGGAUGGCGAUCGAUUGAAGAAUUGCUGAAACUAUUGCCAGGUCCUCAUCUGGAUUUGAAAAGAGGUGUUUCGACCAUGAACUCUUCAUUGGAAGUACUCCCAGGUUCCAUGGCACAACAACAGAGUGCGGAAAGGGCUGAUCGCCGCUCCCUGGUUCUGGUUGUAUUUAUCGGUGGUGUAACAUCUGCUGAGAUUGCUGCCCUUCGAUUCCUUAGUGCACAGGAAGGAAUGGGCUACGACUUCCUGAUUGCAACAACGAAGGUUAUCACUGGCAACACAUUGUUACAGCCGAUUAUAGCAAGCAGCAAAGAGGGAAUGAUGUAAUGGUAUUUUUCAUCUGUCCAUCGCUUUGAUUGUACACAGGGCCAUACACACUAGCUCCAAAGUUGUUCUCUUUAGUUUCUGGUCACCGUGAUUCUGCCACCGGAAUUGUUAAAGCUUGCGCUUGUUCUCUUAUGUUGCCAACUAUGUCACUUUGGAAUAAAUGUGCAAGUUUUUCAGUUAAGAGUAUGUACAAGCAUUUGUCCGGUUGGGGUUCAGAAGCCUUAAGCAAUUGUGGAAAGCUACUAUCUUAAAAUCAGGAUCUGGCUGUGGCUCAUCUGGCAUGGUGUCAUUGCCACUAAUGAUACUAUGGGGGAAAGAAAGACAUCAGGAGGGAGAUUAUGCUUAUAGAUUUUGUCAGGGGGAAGAAACAAUUACUCGUAUCUUUUUUGGUUUUGUGGCAGCUUGAUAUAUCUGGUGUGUAAUUAGUUUGGUUAUUGGACAUGUCCUAAUUGGUUUUCACACUUUUUUCGUUGGUUUCCCUGAUCAUGUUUCUGUUAAUGCGAAUGUGCAAAUUGCGGGUUUGGCUGCCAUUUGUUUUGAAAGAUUGAUCAAGUCACCAGUC